GUAGAUAUUUUAUAAGCCCCAGGAAAUUAUACAACAGCAUUCAUUGGUUGAGGCAACGAACAAUCUGAGAACGGAAAAGCACAACUGAGUUAGCGGGUUCACGUCUCAGAUGCGGAAUCCCACUGCUUUAGUCUUUGAAAAUGAUGUACAAUGCGUGAAUAAUACCAGGGAUGUAACCCAAAAUGGUAAGAAGAAUGUUAAGAAGCAAGGCACCACCACAACCAACUUCCAAGAAUACACCAAGAGGAGGGAAAAUGACAGCAAAGAAGAUUUUAAAGAUGUCGGAGCAAGUGAGAGCCAUUGUGUGAUAGAUAUGUAGGGAGGGGUUGGGUUAUUCCAGAAUGAAUAUCAAUAAAACUAGUUUACGAU